GGAGGUCACACCUCCUCCCCUUUUCCCUUCUUCCACCUCACGCCAUCGGCGCCGCCUCUGCCUCCCAACCCACCCUAGCCGCGCCGCCCGAAACCCCCCGCCGCCCCGAUGAGGGGCCGCGGCAACCCCCAGAUGCCGCCGCACGGCUUCGACCCGCGCGCCGCCGCCUUCGCCGCCGCGUGGCAUGGCGCCGCCUCGGCCUCCGACCCCGCGGCCGCGGCCAUGAACCCCUACCCCUUCGCCCCCAACCCCCAGUUCGGGCAGGACCCCUUCCAUCUCAUGCUCCCCCACCUCCUCCUCCAGAACCAGGCCGCCCUCGCCGCGGCCUUCCACCACCAGCAGCAGUUCCAGCAGCAUCAGCACCAGCAUCAGCAUCAGCAGUACCAGCAGCAGCCGCCGCUCCCCUCCCCCGGCUACGCCCAGAGCCCUACCACCCCCAACGUGCAGCACCGCCCGCCCAACCCCUCGCCCUCGUCGGCCCCGCCUCAGCAGCAGCCGCCGCCGCCGCCGCGGAACCCCGCGGCCCUCGAGAGGGCGCAGGCGGCGGCGACCAAGGCGCGGGACGAGCUCACGCAUGCGGGCCAGGGCGUCACCGGGUGGAAGGUGGCCCAGGCGGCGCUCGUGGCGCUCAAGGCGGACUCGUGGGGGUCCCUCGGCGUCCAUCUCCACGACGUGCCCGUCCUGCGCGAACUCUUCAGUAUCGAGGGCAAGGUGAACACAUUCAUCCAUUGUUAUGUUGCAGCAAGAAAAAUCGUAUCUAUUCAUGACCUGGAGGUUGAGAUAUGCAAGAACGAGGGUAUUGGUCAGUUCGAAGAGCUGGGGUUGGGGCCUUUUCUUCAGCAUCCACUUGUUGCACAUUAUUUUUUUGUACCUGCUGAUUUAUCCAAGGUGCCUAAGCUUAGUAGCGAGGAGAUUAUCAGUUGCCUGCAGAAGUUUAUCGAUAAUUCCAAGGAGAAAGUCACAGCGGAAAGCUUCUUGGAUUAUCUCGCGGAACAAAAGUCGGUCUCUGGGAAGGAGAAACUCGGCGUGCGCGUACAGAGCUUGGGGUUGCACAUUUCCUUCCUCCGACAGGCCAGAAGAAAUGAAGUUGCUGCAAUUAAACAUCUAGGCAAGACUAGUGGUUCUCGUGAUAGCACUUGUGAGAAGGAUCUACCAAAACAGACAGACUUUCAUUCGGGGAAGCAGGAGUUGGACAAGAGGUUCGAUGAUAUAACUAGCCGUAUAAAGCAAUUACCAGGCAUCAAUAAACAUAUUCGUUUUGAUUCAGCCGGUGAUGAAGUUGAUGACGGUAGUAGUUCGAAGGAUGCCGUGGAGGACAGUGAGAGCGAAGAUAGCUGUUAUAUUGUUGACAGAAAGGAUGUUGAUAAAAGUGUCAGUGGCUGCCCUUAUCCUUCGACAGCAGAAGAAAUUAAACGUCUUGGUUUGAAAUCAGAUCAGAGUAAAAAACCAGCUAUAGUGAGCAGCAAGGUAAAAGCGAAUGAAGUAAAUGUCCAUUCAAGAAACAAAAGGAAAUAUGAGGAAAACGGGACUCCUAGCUCUUUGUGCAAACAGCCCAAUAAGCGGCAAAAGAUUCAAAUAAAAAAGAAAGAAGUAUCGCCUAAUUGCUUCCUAAGUACAGGCAAGCUGGAGAAAUUCAUAACAACCUGGAAAGAAGCAUGCCGUGAACAUUCAGUUCAACAGGUUUUGGAAUUGAUAGCAAAUUACUAUACAGAAACACCAGAAGAAAAGAGGAAAAUGAUAAAUUUCUUCUCGCAAUACCCAGGCAUUGGCUUCCUAAAUGUUGCAGUUAGAUCUAUGGCCUGUGGUCUGCUGGAUAGUAUUUAUGAUGCGAUCCAUGUCUUUAGUGAGAAUAAAUUGUCAUCAAGUCCUAUUCCUAACACCACAACGGAGGUUAUGGAAAUUGAGCCCCCGAGUAAAGAAAAUACUAGAUGCAUUGCUAAAGGAGCCAAUCAGCCUGGACCCAAUGUCACAGCUGAUGAUGUCAUCAGGAGAAUUACUGAAUAUUUUGAGUCCAACAGUGGAGUGUCUAGAGCUGGUGCUUUGAAAGUGGAAAAUUUUAUGUUCCUGAAGACACUUCAUGAUUGUGAAAUAUGGGUAGCUACUCAAUUUUCUGCCAAGCAAUUUACUUCUCUUGGCCAUGGGACUUUCCUUGAGUUUUUGGGAAAACAUGGUGAUCACUUCCCCCCUAAGUUGAGUAGUUUGUUGAAGCGGGGGAACUCUGAUUCUUCGUCUCUGGAAGUUUCUGUACUGCGGCAACAAAUUGAAGUCCUACUCUGCCAAGCCGAGGGUAACUGGCUAGAAGAUGGCGACUUUUCAGGGGAUAGUUUCCUUGUGCUUCUCAAAAGGCAGUUCCCGACAAUUAGUUUUGAUAUUGCACAAUUCAAAUCUGGGGAAGAACUUAAAGGUUCUAUAGAGAGACAGUCAAGGAGCACACACACAAAUAAUAUCACGUUUUCUAUCUCUCUGUUGGAGAAACGGUGGUCUGGAAUGUCUCCAGGCGAGCAUGAUACUGUUGUUGGGCAGAGGGACAGUUCUGUUGAACAAACUUAUUAUUCUGAAACAGUUUCUUCACGAGAAGCAACUAACUGUUUACUUAAGGCUCCAAUGUUGUCAGAUCUGCUUCUUUGGUCACAUUGGGAUAUGUUGUUUGCUCCUUCACUGGGUUCCUUCAUACACUGGCUGCUGAAUGCGGGUCUAGUUCAACAGCUAGCUUGCAUCGUGACCACAGAUGGUAGAUUUAUAAGAGUAGAUCCAUCAGCAACGGUCGACCAAUUUUUAGAAGCCAUUAUUCAAUGCUCACCAUUUCAAGUGGCAGUGAAGCUGCUUUCCUUGCUGCACAUUUACAAUGGUUCUGCGAAUACUCCAAUUUCCUUACUGAAGUGUUAUGCACAACGAGCAAUAGGUAUCAUAAUGAACAACAACAAGGAUCCAAUGAACACUAGUUCUGAAGGCAAACCAUUUGUGACUGAGGGAUCCCAUAAUCUAAGUGCUGAACAGCGUGACAGCUCUCCUCAUUUUGUUGGCCAUGUUCAAGAAAGCUCUCAGCUGUCUUCUGCAAGAAAUGUCAUGUCUGAUGUCUUAACAAACAUUGACAGCACUAUUCAUUUUGUUGCCAAAUUUUUCCUUGAUUGUCUUGGUCAUCUGCCUUCUGAAUUCCGGAGUCUUGCAGCAGAUAUACUAUUGUCCGGACUUCGAACAGUUACCAAAAAUUGCUAUUCAGUUAUCUUACAUGAAGCCACAGAAACUUGGCAGCUUUGCAUGCUUCAUGAUGUUGGGUUAUCACUUGGAAUUACCGAGUGGGUUGAAGAUUAUCGUGAAUUCUGUUUAGCUGAAGGUCGUGCAAAGACAGAAACACUUUCUUCUUCUGGGCAUACAUCAGCUGUAUCUGAAGGACCUACACUUGAAAACUCUUAACAUGCUUAUUCCUCAUGAUGUUGAUAUGGUGAAUGACAGUACUAAAUCAUUUCCUGGCGAAAAGGAUCAAAUUCUUUCUAUGAAUAAUAAGGAAAACCAGAACAUGUUAAAUCCUGUUGGAGUCAAGGCAGAAACUGCAUUGCAUACAAACCAAUCUCCCGUGAGGGAAGAAAUUAAUCUCGAGGAAGCAGCUCUAGUUAUUGAGACUAUACGACGUGAUGAGUUUGGUUUGGAUCAGGCUCUAAGCUGCACCGAGAAUAGUUUGUUGACAAAGCAGCAUGCUCGACUUGGCCGAGCACUGCAUUGUCUUUCACAAGAAUUAUACUCUCAGGAUUCUCACCUACUUCUUGAGCUGGUACAGAAUGCUGACGAUAAUACUUAUCUUGAGGAUGUUGAACCCACAUUAGCAUUCGUUCUUCAGGAUAAUGGUAUUGUUGUUCUCAACAAUGAGAGGGGCUUUUCUGCUGAGAACAUUAGAGCUCUUUGCGAUAUUGGUAACUCAACAAAGAAAGGAGCCAAUAGGGGUUAUAUUGGAAAUAAGGGCAUUGGAUUUAAAUCAGUAUUUCGGGUAACUGAUGCUCCAGAGAUCCAUUCAAAUGGUUUCCAUGUGAAAUUUGACAUUACCGACGGCCAGAUUGGUUUUGUAUUGCCAACUGCAGUUCCACCCUACAAUACUAGCUCUUUGAGUAGAAUGUUAUCUGUUGAAGAUGACAAGGACGCUUGUUCCCGCUGGAAUACUUGCAUUUUACUUCCCUUCAGAUCUAAAUUCAGGGAUGACACUGGCAUGUGCUCCAUUGCAUCCAUGUUUUCAGAUCUCCACCCAUCUCUGCUUCUGUUCCUUAACCGACUAAAUUGUAUCAAGUUUAAGAAUGUGGUGAAUGACACACUGCUGGUUAUGAGAAGGAAGGCUCUUGGUGAUGGCAUUGUGAGGAUCUCACAUGGGAAUGAGAUAAUGAGUUGGUUGGUAGUUAGUAAGAAGUUACAGGGCACACUUGUACGCCAUGAUGUGCACACUACAGAGAUAGCUCUGGCAUUUACUUUGCAGGAGACUGAGAAAGGAGAGUAUGAACCUUACUUGAAGCAACAGCCUGUGUUCGCUUUUCUACCUCUAAGGAACUAUGGUCUUAAAUUCAUUCUUCAAGGGGAUUUUGUUUUACCUUCUUCCAGAGAGGAAGUGGAUGCAGAUAAUGCAUGGAACCAGUGGUUGUUAUCCGAAUUCCCCUCUUUGUUUGUCAGUGCACAAGAAUCCUUUUGUUCCCUUCCCUGCUUCCAGAGUUGCCCUGGAAAGGCUGUUACAGCAUUCAUGAGUUUUGUUCCUCUAGCAGGAGAAGUUCAUGGAUUCUUUUGCAAGCUCCCUCACUUAAUCCUUUCCAAGUUACGUCUGAAUAGGUGCAUGGUUUUGGAGGGUUCUAGUUCGCAAUGGGUCUAUCCAUGCAACACAUUAAGGGGUUGGGAUGAACAGACUAAAAUGCUGUUUUCUGAUGGCUUACUUCAUCAGCAUCUUGGUCUUGGUUAUCUGUCAAAAGAUAUCAUCAUACCUGAUACAUUAUCAAGGGCCCUAGGUAUUCACGAUCAUGGACCAAAUGUUUUUAUUGAUAUGGUAUCAUCAAUUUGCCGAACUGAGGGUUGCAUUGAGUCACUGGGGAUGGAAUGGCUAUGUGCUUGGUUUGUAAAUCUUCAUUUGGCGCUGUCACGUUCUUUUCAAAAUAUUCCCUCGACAACAAGCCUGGAAGGUGAUCUUUUAUGUGCUCUCAGGAAAUUACCAUGCAUUCCACUUUCAGAUGGUUCAUUUAGUUCUGUAGCAGAUGGCCCUAUAUGGUUGCCUCAUGAUAUUCUCGGUUCCACACCUGACUGCAAAGGUAGCAUGAAGGAUUUCCCAAUUCUGUAUGGUAACCUUCGAUUUGUUAGUCCAUUGCUUUUCUCUGUGUCCUGUAAAAAUAAAUACCUUAUAGAAGAAAUGAGAGCUAACGAUCUGACGGAUAUUCUUCUGAAAAUCGGGGUGCGAAAGUUGUCUGGACAUGAAAUUAUCAAAAAUCACAUCCUCACAUCCUUGCCAAAUGGUACAGAUGCUAAGAAGGUUGAUAAGAUGAUGAUGAUAGAGUAUGUGAGUUUUAUCAUGCUUCAUCUUCAGUCUCCAUGUACAAGCUGUAAUUUUGGGAAGGAAGAGAUAAUGUCAGAACUACGAAGUAGACCCAUCUUACUUACAAACCAUGGCUACAAGUGCCCAGCUGAUGAACCAAUUCACUUUAGUAAAGAAUAUGGAAGUCCUGUGGACAUAGGCAAGCUACUUCAGAAUGUUGAAAUCAGAUGGAUAGAACUUGAUAGUGGUUACUUGAUGAAUCAUGGUUCAGAUUUGCUGCCAUCUGUGCUGAAAAGUUGGAGGCAAUUUUUUGAGGAGAUGGGUGUGACUGAUUUUGUGCAUGUAAUGAAAGUUGAGAAAAACAUAUCCCAAGUUGAUUCUUUGAUAGCAGGAAGAAUUUUGCAAGGUGGUGUUUCUGGAACAUCCUGUACAGUGUAUGACUGGGAGUCACCAGAACUGGCUAACAUUUUAUCAUCAUUUUCUUCAAAAAAUUGCCGAGAAAAUUGCAUAUAUCUUCUGGAGGUUCUUGACAGUUUCUGGGAUGAUCAUUAUAGUGCAAAAGCUUGGUGUCUCACAAGCGGGACCAGUUGUGAUGGAAGCAGAACAGUCGAGUCAUCCUUUAUGAAAUGUAUCAGAAGCUUCAAAUGGAUAGCGUCAACUGUGGAUUAUGACCUUCAUACUGCAACGGAUUUGUUUUAUGAUUGUGAAAACGUGCGUUCCCUGCUUGGUGGUGUGGCCCCAUAUGCUGUACCUCAGGUAUCCAGCAGGUCACUAAGGAAGGAUAUUGGAUUCAAAACAAAUGUAUCCCACAGUGACGCUUUAAUGACCCUGAACUUAUGGAUGACAUCACAAGUUCCAUUCAGCGCAAGUGUGGACCAGAUGUGCAAAUUCUAUACCUUCGUGUCAGAAGGUGCAGCUGAUGCAAAGAUUGACAUCAAACGGGAGUUGAUGUCAUGCUCAUCUAUAUUUACACCACUAAUCCGUGCUCGAUCUAGUGAGGUCGUACAUGGUAAAUUUUUAUCCCCAAAAGAUCUCUAUUGGCAUGACCCAACAGGUUGUUCUGAAACGACAGAGGAAUUCGUUUUGGUGAAGAAUAGAAUGUUCCCAAGAAGGAUGCUGUGCUCAACCUAUCCAAACCUUUGUGAAUUCUUUACGGAAGCAUGUGGUGUGCCAAAAGUUCCAACAACAGCUGAUUAUGUAGAGAUGCUCUUACGGCUAUCUAAAGUUGCACUGCCUUCACAAGUAGCCCAUCAGGUCUUCCGUGUAUUUGUGAGAUGGGCUACCGAUAUCCAUUCUGUGAAUGACAAGAACGAUCUAGUUUAUGUGAAAGAUUCUCUUCAGAAGCUGGAGACAACGAUAUUGCCAACCCUGGUUGAUAAAUGGGUCUCUCUCCAUCCAUCUUUUGGUCUUGUUUGCUGGUCAGAUGAUGAUGAGUUGAAACAACACUUUCAGAACUGUAUUGAUGUUGACUUCAUACAAUUUGGUACACUUUCUUCUGAGGACAAGCAAAUCUUGCAUGGAAGAGUUGCUGCACUGAUGAAAAGCCUAGGUAUCCCAGCUUUAUCCAAGGUUGUGCAUCGUGAAGCAAUAUUCUAUGGCACGGCUGACAACAGGGAAAAGGCUACUUUGCUUUGUGGACUGUUACCAUAUAUGCAACGCUACAUCUAUAAGACGCAUAGAGAUGCAUAUAUCAACUUUCAGCAAAAUGAGAUCAUGAAGCUUAGCAAUCUUCAGAUUAUUGUCGUUGAAAAGUUGUUCCACAAGUAUAUGCUUAAAGGACAUGAGAGUUCUUCUAAGAAAAGAUUCAAAUGCAAUUGUCUUCUGCAGGAAAAUAUUCUGUAUGCUACGCAAGAAGCUGAUUCACAUUCAUUGUUUCUGGAAACUUCUAGAAUUUUCUUUGAUGGGUCCCCUGAUCUGCACUUUGCGAAUUUUCUGCACAUGGUCAAAACCAUGGCAGAAUCUGGCACCUCAGCUGAACAGGUUGAGUCUUUUGUCGUUAAUAAUCAGAAUGUGCCUGCAUUGCCUGAAGAUGAAGCGGUUUGGUCCUUUUCUUCCUCGUUUGUGCCAGAGUUUGUACCCGACCAAGGUGUUGAUUCCAAACCGGUUGAAACCUCAUCCGCCUGUGUUCUCAAUAUUCACAAACAACAUCAGAGGUCAGACGGAACUGUUUCAAGUUGGCCACCUAAUAAUUGGAGAACAGCUCCUGAUUUUAGAACAUCUCGCAGAAGUCAGCGUGGACCCCUGCAAGAUACAAAGGUGAAUGAUGAUAAUUGGCUUCCUGGACCCCUGCAAGAUACAGAGGUGAAUGAUGUUGAGCUCACAAAUACAGAAGAUAAUUGGUUUCCUGUUCAGCUUGACGAGGAUUGGGUUAUAGAAGAGGAUACGAGUCUAGAAAGUAAUUUACACACAGAAAGCACAGUGGCAACAUUGGACGAGCCUCAGAUGAUGAUGUCCAUUAACUCGGACGGUGCACCUGCUUAUUUGGACCUCGGGACCGGUUCACCUAGCGAGGUUGAGGUAAUGGAUUUCAGUGACAAAAUGCCAAAUGCUUCAGAACACAGGGAAAGGCUCCGCGCAGCCCAGUUACUAAAAACUGGCAGGGUUGGUGAAGCUGUAGCCUACAAACAUUUGGUUGAGCGGCUAGGGGCCAAGAACGUCAGGUGGGUUAAUGCAGACACCGAAACCGGACUGCCGUAUGAUAUUAUCAUCACCCGGGGAGAUAAUCGGAUAGAGUAUGUGGAGGUGAAGGCAACCACAACUUCAAACAAAAACUGGUUCUACAUCACAGCGAGGGAAUGGCAGUUUGCAUUGGAAAAGGGGGACGAUUUUAGCAUCGCCCGUGUCAUGGUGUCUGGCGAAAAGAUGGCAAAUAUUAAAAUGUUGAAAAACCCACACAAACUUUGUCAGAAGAAAAUGUUGCAUCUUGCUCUCUUGAUUGCCCGCCGGUAGUGAAGCAAGCGCUGACGGACUAUGUGCACGAGAUUGAAGUGAUUGCGGGAACUUGUCGGUGGUAAUCACUGAGAUCUCCAUCUCCGCUGAAGCCUUAAUAGGAGAGACAGGUGCGUUGGCUGAUCCGACCUGUCAGUCUACGAUGCCAACCUUCUGUAUGGAGAGUGAGAUGAGAUGAGCCAAGGUUGCGAGAUUAUCAAGCAGGUCCUGAUCCCUGUCUGCAUGUAGCGAAUAUGUCUUCUUUCUGGGAAACGAUCUUGGUGAUGUCUCUGGAUCCGUGUUACACAUGACAUCGUCAUCUCGUGCCUGGAGCUCUGCUCCACUGACUUGUAACCGGUUGUAAUAGUUGGCUACAUAACCAUAACUGUUGGUUUGUUUGAUUGGUGAUGUUGAAACUGUAUUUGAUCAUAACGAUAGUCAAGAAUUUAAACACCAUAGCAAUAGUAAGAAAUUAAACAUCGCUGAUUCCGUGUC